AUGUCUCGAUACCAGUACCCUGAGCACACAUUGUCAGACGCAAAUCAGACGGCUAUCAUGCGAUUUUGGCACUCUCUUGAACUCCGGAAAAGGAUUGCGAACUAUCUUUGGCCUGAGAAGAGGGAGCGACAACCAGAAGCGAAUGAGCGCGCUGGAGAACUUGAGCUCUGCAAUGCUGAGUUCUGCCCAAUUUAUCAACUGCCGCCAGAACUUCUCCUCGAUAUCACAAAGCAUAUAUCAAGGGCUGACAGGUUGGCCUUCCAACUGUCUAGCCGAAGAUUCGCUUCCUUUAUACAGCGGACUAGCAAAGCAACCCCACGUCGGAUCGACAAGAAGAGAUUGAAAGAACGACUAGGAAGAGACUCAUAUUCCAAGCUUGCUGAGGCUGAAGCUAGAAAUUUAGCAACUCUCCCACAACUUCUCUGUUCCCAUUGUCACGAGCCGCAUCCUUGGUCACACUUCGACCGCAAGGAAAUCCUCGAGUCGGGCCAUGUUCGACGUUGCAAAGGAGCGUCGCGCCCUUUCAGAACAUGCCGGCACAUCACCGUGACACGCGAUCAACUCACGAAGCCUAAUCGCGUGGGCAUGUUCGGCGAGUAUUACUAUGGACCCCAAUGUGCAACCUGCACGACUUCCUAUUUUUCCCGGGCCGUUCACUCUUCAACACUGCAAUACUUCUGUUCUCAGAAGCUUGGAAAAACUUACGCGAGCAACAGAUUACACAGGGUCAGGCUCCAGCAAGGGUUCCGUCAAUCAGCAUGGCAAGUGUGUCCGCAUAUGCGUACAGACGAUGCAGACUUCCAGGCACGGCUUCUUUUCACCCCGUUGGAGCCUCCGUUGUGGUCUUCUACCGGUCAAAGCGAGCAUGUCACUGACGUUUUCGCUGAGCCCUACAUGGGCACAGACAUGCGCAUAUACUGCAGGCACAGGCACUGUACUACAAACGUCCGAAUCUCGAGGAGGCUUUUCAUAGGUGUAGGGUCGACGCCAAUAUAUGUCGAAACAUAUCGCGAAUUGGGUCUCAUGAAGUCGGUCCAGGACCCGGCGUGGCUUGCGCAGGUUGGAGAUUGA